AUGCGCACGCGACCCAGGGCACCUCCACCCAAGCUUCACCUCAAUAUUGCAAUGGCUCCCCAUUCCCCAAUUGCAGCGCACUUCUCGGGCAAGCUCACGAGCCAAGUGAGAAGGGUCCUGCCUGCAUAUCUUGCCCUGCUUUUCAUCUUCUUGUUCUUCGCCAAUACACACUUCUUUACUACACCCAUUCGGGCUGCCAACAAUUACAGGCGCGAGCUCAGAUAUCAACAGCCACUGCAGCUAAAAAGUGAUGUGAUUCCGAGGAAGAUUUGGCAGACAUGGAAGGUCGGCCCUCUAGGCUUCGAGAAACGCGACUCGGAUUCAGCGAAGACCUGGCCGGCGAAGAACCCCCGGUAUCGGUACGAGGUUUUGACGGACGAUAACGCGAACGAUUACCUCGAAUUCCACUACGGCGCUCACGGUAUCAACAGACCAGACCUUGUCAACCUUUACCGAGAGCUUAACAUAACGAUCAUCAAGGCUGACUUGCUUCGUUAUCUCGUCAUGUACGCCGAGGGUGGCGUGUAUGCCGACAUAGAUGUGGAAUGUCUCCGUCCUAUCGAUCGAUUCAUACCCGAGCGGUACAUUGAGGAGGAGGUCGAUAUGAUUAUUGGUGUCGAGAUUGACGAGCCAACCUUCGCCGAGCACCCCAUCCUUGGUGGCAAGUGCAAGUCCUUUUGCCAAUGGACGUUCGCCGCCAAGCCCAGACUGCCAGUCAUGAUGAGGCUCAUGGAGAACAUACAAGCGUGGCUACAUGAGCUGUCGCAUCAGAAAGAGGUCGAGAUAUCAGAGCUGCAGCUAGACUUCGACGAGGUCAUAAGCGGGACGGGUCCUUCUGCGUUCACAAAGGCUGUAUUGGAGCAGAUGACUGCACAGAAUCAAGGCAAGCCGGUUACCUGGGACCUCUUCCACAAUCUUGCGGAGUCGAGACUCGUCAAUGGCAUCCUAGUGUUGAAUGUGGAAGCUUUCGCAGCCGGCCAAGGCCACUCGGACUCCGGUAACCAUGACUCAAGGGGGGCUUUGGUAAAGCAUCACUAUCAUGCUUCGGGAUGGCCGACACUCCACCCGCGCCGCAAUCACCCCAUGUACGGCGAGGUAGAGCAAUGUAACUGGAAGCCUGAGUGUGUAGCAGAAUGGGACAAGAACGUCGCCGAAUGGGAUACGCUCCCUAAAGAAGAGCAGGAUAAGCGCAUCGCCAGCAAACCGGCACCGCCCGGUGGCAUCAAGCCUCACUAG